AUGACGCGACUCCCAACUUCAGUCGGUGUUCUCAAAGUCUUCUUCCUUCCAAAGUUAAGGAACGAUAAUAAGGUCAGUUUUGGUUACUCAGUCCUGAAAGGAAAGCGCGCGGGCAUGGAGGAUUUCUUCUACGCAGAUUUCAAGGACAUUCAAGGCAAGGCCGGAACAGUCGGUCUCUUUGGGAUCUUUGACGGCCAUGGCGGCCCACACGCUGCUGAUUUCGUGCGCGAAAACCUUUUUGACAGCUUACUAAGCAAUGCGCAAUUCCCUUCCGACGUAUCCUUGGCUCUUGGUGAGGCGUUUGUGGAGACCGACAAGCGGUAUCUGCAGGCGGAGACCGGCGCAAACCGGGACGAUGGGUGCACCGCCGUGACAGCAGUCCUGCUGGAUCACACUGUCGUGGUGGCGCACGUGGGUGACUCCAGGGCCGUCCUCUCACGCGGCGGCAAAGCGAUUGCGCUGAGCGAGGACCACAAGCCGAACCGGUCGGACGAGCGCAGCCGCAUAGAGGCGGCCGGCGGCGUGGUGGUCUGGGCCGGCACCUGGCGCGUCGGCGGCGUGCUGGCCGUCUCGCGCGCGUUUGGAGACCGCCUCCUCAAACGCUACGUGGUGGCCACUCCGGAUGUGCGCGAGGAGAAGCUGACCUCACAGGAUGAGACCCUGAUCCUGGCAUCGGACGGCCUCUGGGACGUGCUCUCCAAUGAUGAGGCCGUCAACCUCAUCAAAGACAUCCCGGAUGCUGAGAAGGCAGCCAAGAAGCUGACAGAUGAAGCAUAUGGGCGGGGCAGCAAUGACAACAUCUCAUGCAUCGUGCUCCGCUUCAGAUUCUGA